AUGACACUUGAAACUUUUCUAAGUCAUGGCUUGGUUAGGUGCCCUUGCGUGAAAUGUCAAUGUAGGAAUUACGAGAAUCCAGAGAUUGUUAGGCUUCAUCUCUAUAAAGACGGCUUUCAAAAAGAUUAUACAGUGUGGACUAGUCAUGGAGAAAUGAAUAGUAGUUUUGGUAGAUUUCAAGACUUUGUUGUUGGUGAAAGUAGUAGGUCGGUGGAACCUAAUGUCCAAAGUUCUAGAAUGCACGACAUGGUUCAAGAUGCUUAUGGGAUGCAUUCUGAUUUUGAAUCCGGUAACCAUGGUGAAGAAGCUCCAAAUGAAGAAGCUAGUCGUUUUUUUGAACAGUUGAAAAAGGCUAGUCAGCCUUUAUAUGACGGUAGUCCCCACUCUCAAUUGUCUAUUGCUGUUAGAUUAUUAAGCAUCAAAGCAGAUUGGAAUGUUCCUCAAGGUGCAAUGGAUGCUGUGAUUGGCCUUAUACAUGAAUUAGUUGACCCGAAUUUAGAGAUACCUGAAAAUUACUAUAAGGCAAAGAGACUAGUAUCUAAGUUAGGACUCUCGUCGAUGAGAAUUGAUUGUUGUGAAAAUGGAUGCAUGUUAUACUAUAAGGAUGACGAAGGUCUAGAAUGUUGUAAGUUUUGUGGAAGAGCUCGUUUUAAGCGGACUCGUAGCGGGAAGAGGGUUGCCGUUAAGGCGAUGCAUUACUUACCUCUUACACCAAGGUUAAAGAGGUUGUACGCAUCAAAUAGCUCCGCUCCUCAUAUGAGAUGGCACAGUGAAAAUAGAAGGCCGCCUGGUGUUAUGUGUCAUCCAUCAGACGGAGAGGCUUGGAAACAUUUUGACACAACAUAUCCAGACUUUGCGGCUGAAACACGAAACAUUAGGUUGGGUUUAUGUUCCGAUGGAUUCACUCCACAUUCUGUUUCUGCUGCACCAUAUUCUUGCUGGCCUGUUUUUUUAACACUAUAUAAUCUUCCGCCUGAGUUGUGGGUUGAGACGUUUGACGUUUCUCUUAAGCAGAAUUUUAAUUUGCGGGCCACGUUAAUGUGGACUAUUAAUGAUUUUCCUGCCUACGGGAUGUUGUCUGGGUGGAUGACUGCUGGAAAGUUAUCCUGUCCUUACUGCAUGGAGAAUACUAAAUCGUUCACUUUAAAGCAUGGCAAAAAACAUUCAUGGUUUGAUUGUCACCGUCAAUUCUUGCCACUGGAUCAUGAGUUUAGGAGUAUGAAAAAUGGAUUUAGGAAGAACAAAAUUGAACGAAACUAUCCACCUCCAAGACUUUCAGGAGAGGAAAUUUGGGAGAGGGUUGAGAACUUUCCAAAAGUUACUGAAGAACCACCGUACAAGUUCGAUGGGUAUGUAAUGGAUGUCAAGGGCAAGACAAAAGAUAAUCCAAAGGCAAGAUUGGACUUACAGGAAUAUUGUAUGCGUAAAGAGUUAUGGUUGCAGGACAAAGGGAACGGGGUCUUCAAGCCUAAGGCUAGUUAUUCAUUCACAAUGGAUCAUAAGCGAAAGAUUUGUGAAUGGGUUAAGAACUUGAAGAUGCCUGAUGGGUAUGCAUCAAAUUUGGAAAAACGUGUUGAUAUGGCGCAAGGGAAAUUACAUGGGAUGAAAAGCCAUGAUUGUCAUGUUUUCAUGGAAACUUUACUCCCCAUUGCAUUUAGUAGCUUGCCUGCCCGAAUUUGGAAGCCUAUGAAAGAAAUUAGUUUGUUCUUCAAAGACUUGUGUUCCAGUACGUUGAGGGUAGACAACCUGGAUCGGAUGCAUCAGAAUAUUCCUGUAAUAACAAGUAAGUUGGAGAAAAUUCUUCCACCGGGGUUCUUCGAUGUGAUGGAAUAUCUUCCAAUUCACCUUGCGGAGGAAGCUCGACUCGGAGGCCCAGUUCAUUGUCGUUGGAUGUAUCCCUUCGAGAGAACUAUUGGCAAGUCUAAACGGGGUAUCAAGCAGAAACAUAGAGUUGAAGGAUCAAUUUGCGAAGCCUACCUUGCUAAGGAAACAACUCAUUUCUGUUCUUACUACUUUGGGAAUGAUGUGCCAUGCUUGCGAAACAGACCCAAUCGGCAUUAUGAAGGAGGUGAGAAUGAUGCUUUAGCGAAGCCAAUAUCAAUCUUCAAUCAACCGGGUUCAGGUUCAAAAAAACGUACAAGACAAUUUAAUGAUAUGGAGUCUAAAUUUGCAUCGAUACAUGUUUGCUAA